AUGCUCAUGCUGCCUUCUGUGGAUGUGCUUAAACCAGUUUGCUGGAAUCCUCGAUAAAUUUGGAUGACAUUGACAUUUCAUAGGAAUAGAUUUGCACCGCUUAUCGGUGCGCUUUACCAAACAAAACCAUGGUCUCCGAAUAUGCGGCACUUAAAUGCGCAUUUGGAGCGAAUAUGUUUUCCCUCCGUUACGCAUGAAUCCCAGUCGCUCCUUUUGCUGUAGUUGCGGACGGAGCCUCAGUGGAACUGUUCACGGCUGCAGUAUGACAGGGAAGUGGACUGCUGAAGUCUUCUGUAUUCUUUACUAAAACCCAAUUAUCCAAGCAGAGCGAUUAGUGUGUCAAUCAAUACGAACUGUUAAUUUUACUCAUUUUUUCCUCGACGUUAAUUGUGUAAGACAGUGCGCAUUUGCAUAUCGCCCCGGUGCGUCAGCAAUGUGUGUGUGUGUCUAAUGUGUGUCUAUGUGCGCGGGCUGCUCGAGUGUAUCAGUGGGUGUAUGCUCAUGCACACAUAAAGCGCGCGUGUGUGUGUGUGUGGAGGGAGGCGAGAAGAAUCCGGGCUUAGUUAUUUCAAAUUAUUUCUGCUGAGUGAUUGCUUGGCGAGUCAGCUCUCUCUGUGCCUCUCUCAGUAUUUGCUAGUAUUUCCUCUCCUCUCCCCCUGCUUGGAUGGAUGAUGGCUUAUGAUUGUCCAGAUGGAUGUUGGAGCUCCACUCUGGCUCUGACCAGACUGGGGUUUGCCAGUUAAACAUAUUUGGGAAUCAUGAAGUAAUACUGAUGUAAAGUUGGAGCAGAUGCUGGCUUAGAAAAAGAGGAAAAAAGCCCCCAUCCUUUUUCCCUCCUCAUCCACUACAGAUGAUACAGAAGGACUGGUAAAAAUGAAAGCUCCCAUUCCUUUUCUGAUCCUGCUUCAUGCCGUUGUGGUCUAUUGCCUGAAAGUGGUGUCGAAGAGAGGCUCAGUGGAAGGCUGCACAGAUUGGUCAGUGGACUACCUGAAAUACAAGGUGCUUUUGGGGGAACCUGUACGGAUUAAGUGUGCUUUAUUCUAUGGAUAUAUCCGGGCCAACUACACCCAUGCGCAAAGCGCAGGACUUAGCCUUAUGUGGUACAAAAGCGCAGGACACGGGGACUUCGAGGAGCCCAUCAGUUUUGACGGCACAAGGAUGAGCAAGGAGGAGGAUGCCAUAUGGUUUCGACCAGCAGAGUUGGACGAUGUGGGGUAUUAUUCCUGCGUAUUAAGGAACUCCACAUACUGCAUGAAAGUGUCCAUGUCUCUCACAGUGGCGGAGAAUGACACAGACCUCUGCUACAACUCCAAAAUGAGGUUUUUUGAGAAGGCAGAACUGAGCAAAAGCAAAGACAUCACCUGCCCUGGCAUUGAGGAUUAUAUACAGCCAGGAGUGGAGCCUGAGAUUGUAUGGUAUAAGGAAUGCAAGCCAAAGCAGUGGAGACAGACCAUAGAAAGAAGGAGGGACACUCUGUCCAUCAAGGAAGUACGGGAAGAUGACAUUGGGAAUUACACCUGUGAAUUACAGUUUGGGAACUUUGUGGUACGGAGGACCACCGAGCUGUCCGUCACAGCUCCCCUGACAGACAAGCCGCCAAAAAUCCUUUUCCCUUCAGAGAGCCAAAUGAGCGUCAUAGAAAUGGCAAUAGGAAGUCCUGUCAACCUGACGUGCAGAGCAUUCUUUGGAUACAGCGGAGACGUCAGUCCACUUAUUUAUUGGAUGAAAGGGGAGAAGUUCAUCGAGGAUCUCGAUGAGGAGCGGGUUCAGGAGAGUGACAUCAAGACAAUCCGGGAGCACCUGGGAGAGCAGGAGGUUUCCAUCUCUCUGACCAUUGACUCUCUGGAGGAGAGUGACCUGGGCAACUACUCUUGCUAUGUUGAGAACGGCAAUGGACGGCGACAGGCCAACAUCCAGCUUACCAAGAAAGCAGAGCUUAUGUACACGGUGGAGCUGGCCGGAGGUCUGGGAGCCAUCCUGAUGCUGUUGAUCUGUCUGGUGACGUUGUAUAAGUGCUACAGGAUCGAGCUCAUGCUCUUCUACAGGAACCAUUUUGGCAGCGAGGAUAUAGACGGAGAUAACAAGGAUUACGACGCUUACCUGUCCUACACAAAAGUGGACCCGGACCAGUGGAGCCAGGAGACCCGAGAGGAGGAGCGCUUUGCCCUGGAGAUCCUCCCCGACGUCCUGGAGAAGCAUUAUGGGUAUAAACUCUUCAUUCCAGACAGGGACUUGAUCCCCACAGGAAGUUUCACCAAUGAUCAUUUCCAGGAUGACACAAGACUACUUAGAGCCUACAUCGAGGAUGUAGCACGCUGUGUGGACCAGAGCAAGCGCCUCAUAAUUGUCAUGACGCCCAGCUAUGUCGUGCGGAGGGGGUGGAGUAUCUUUGAGCUGGAGACGCGGCUGCGCAACAUGCUGGUGACCGGCGAGAUCAAGGUCAUCCUGAUCGAGUGCGCCGAGCUGCGCGGCAUCAUGAACUACCAGGAAGUGGAGGCCCUUAAACACACCAUCAAGAUGCUGACAGUCAUCAAGUGGCGCGGGCCGUCCAGCAACAAGCUCAACUCCAAGUUCUGGAAGCAGCUGCUCUACGAGAUGCCCUUCAAGCGCAUGGAGCCCCUGAGCAUCUCCCACGAGCAGGUGCUGGACGUCAGCGAGCAGGGCCCCUUCAGCGAGCUCCAGACCGUCUCGGCCAUCUCCAUGGCGGCGGCUACCUCCACCGCCAUGGCGACGGCACACCCGGACUUGCGCUCGACCUUCCACAACUCUUGCCACACCCAGAUGAGGCAGAAACACUAUUACCGUAGCUACGACUACGACCUGCCGCCCGGCGGCACGCUCCCGCCGCUCUCCACGCUCGGCAACCAGCACACCUACUGCAACAUCCCCAUGACGCUCAUCAACGGGCAGCGGCCUCAGUCCAAGUCGCUGCGCCAGCAGAGUCUGGAAGAAGCCCACGGCAACAACGCCAUGCUGCCACUGCUGCCCAGAGAGACCAGUAUAUCCAGCGUCAUCUGGUGACAGAGAGGGUGCCGGGCAGGAUAGACUGUGGAUCCAUAUGAUGUCCGUCACAGGGAGGACUCACCACUGGCACUUGGACCCUGAAAACACCGGGGCCAGAUGGACCUGAAUGGCACUAAGCUACUUGCUGCUGUUGAAUUUGCACCAGGAAACCAUAGGGGGAGGGGCGGGAGGACGAGGCGUCAGACACACUGGACACAUUGGUGGGGGUUCUGGUGGUGGCAAUUGUUUUUUUGUUUUGUUUUGUUUUGGUCCAAUAAGAGCUUUUAUUGAAACUGAACAACAACAAAAAAGAAGCAAGGAGAACUUUUUUGUAUGCCUGUAUAAACACUCACGUAACACAAGCCAACACCUAUGAUAAUUUACCCAGAAAGUCAAGGAAUACAGGGUCCUGUACAUACGUUUUUCUAAUUCUUUGUAGCAUCAGUGUUUGGGACUUGUUUCUUCUUUAUGUUUUAUCAUCAGUUGGGACUCUUUUUUUUUCGGUUUGUACAAAAGUGAAGCAAUGGCCUGUGAGAUGUGUUAGUUAAACCGUUGUUACCUUUAUCUUAAUUUGUUGGCUGGUGUAGUUUAUAAAGCUUUUGGGGUUUUUGGGGUGGGCAAACGUCGCAGCCUCUAGGAGACGAGAACGAUUUGUUUUGGAUUUCAGGGAGCAGAGUCUCAGAUCUGAUGGCUGUUGUAAAAGGCUGAGAAUCUGGACUCAACCAGAAUAUGCAAAAUAUGGAGUCCAGAGAGCGGGGGAACAGACGGGGUUCCCAAAUCGUAUUUGAGUGCUUUUGGAAAAGUCAUAUCUGUGAAGGGUGAUAUGAAGAAUAUGGUGCUAGGCUUCCUUCACAUCUCUCUGUUUCUCUCACGAUAACAUUUACUUUAAAAAAAAAAAAAAGCCUUGCUAUUUACCUUAACAGAUGAUUAUAUCACCGAAAAUUAAUUAUGUGUAUUAUUUUAUGAAAAAAGAAAAGUCUAUUUUUGUAACUGAGGGAUAUUUGCUUAGAGAAGUUAUACCUAUAAAGUUUCUGAUAGAAGGACUUGGGGAAACAUAAUAAAAGAACAAUGUUUUGUUGUGUGGAACUGCAUAGCUCACGAAAAUCAAUAGGUCAUUCACUAAAUGUCUUACCCUUAUAUUGCAAGAGAAAAAAAAAAUAGUAUGUUUGUAUUUUCGUCAUUAAAAAGAGGAGUUUUGACAUUUCCAACACACCACGGAUAGCAGCUCAGCAGGCUUUUUAUGUUGUGUUGAUUUCACAGUCAUUGCAGCGUUUCACGGUUGAUUUGGUACAAGGAUGGAGCUACACUAUCGAUGAUGUCAGUACAGAUGGAGGAGAGGAAAGCCAUGACAUGCAGUGUCACCUGAAGCAUUUACUGUGUCUGCUUUCCUCCGUAGGACCAAACAAGGCUGUCCAGGGCUAAACUGUUAUCUCUGUUAUUCAUUUCCUCCCCAAUGACAGCUCUGUUAUUUGUUCGCCAUCCCCCUUGUCAACGGAAAUGAUUUGUCGGUUGAGUUAUGCUCACAGAUGAAUAAAAUAGGGCUUUCACAUCUCAGUUCGGAACACUUUCAGUCGACCCCGGCUGCUCGGCUCAGCUUUGGCGAAGGGACACAGGAAUUUUAACGACUACAACAACAACAACAAACAGUUUCACUCCAAAAUGAGUCUUCAAAAGUUGCUGACUUGAUGAUAAAGUUGUGAAAUAUUAUUAAUGUUUAGUUAUUAAUAUUAAAAAGUAACAUUUUAGAGGAAGUGAUCAGUUAUAUUUUUUACCUACUGACCAAUAAUAAUCAUGGGGUGUAUCCUCCCCAAUAGCCUUUUAGAAAGAAACCCUUCCAAAAAAGAUGUAAUUAAUACUUAAGAAUGACAAGAAUGUAUUUAAAAAUUCAAUUUAAAUCCUGGAGUAUAUAUAACCAUACAAUAGAAAUGCUACUUAAAGCAAGUUAGACCAAAGCAAGAUACAGUGAAGCAUUCUCAUUCACAAAACUGUCUUUUUUUUUCUUUUUUUUUUCUUUUUUUCCUCUGACAAUGGCUUCCACCAGGAGCGGCACGAUUCCAUCCGGUCAAGAAAACAAGAGCUACUCUCACAUAUCCUCUCACACCUGUGAAGGCGGCCUGUUUACGUACUACUCUUCAACUGCCCUGCAGCUGUGCCAUAUUGUUUGCUUUUUGAGAAAACUAACCUCAUACUAAAAUACCUGCAACAUCUCACAACAUAGAGGUGUUUCAUUUAGUGCCAUAAAAUAUGCAAAGUGAUGAACUCAUAAACAAUAAAUGAAACAUUGUGUUUUUUCUUCCCCUUAUCUUGUUGUCAGCUUUUUUAAUUUUACUUUAAACUGGCAGCAGAAUAUUUCAGGCCUGUUUUUUUUUUUUUUCAUUUCUGUUUUUGGAAAACUAAGUUGCUGCAAGCUGCCCAGAGUUCAAUAUUGGAUGGAUUUGUACUUUGGAGGAACAGUCCUCUUCAUUCAAGAUCAUUCAAUCAACCCACAGAUGCAGGCCUGUUUUUAGUUCACCUCAAUCAGACCCCCUCCAACCCCCCCUUAUGAAAAGUGAAAUAUGGAUUACGUUGAAGAGCACCGAUUCUGAGCAGAAGAGUUUGUUGUGCUCUAUGACGUGGCAUUGUGUAAAUAUAAUCAAGACAAUAACGUGAUUAAGAUGAAGACAAUCGAGCCAUAUUCAUGAAACCAAUGGUCAUUAUUCGCAAGGCCUCUCAAAGUAGAAACACUAGUCCUGACUGGAGGUUAACACGUAGAAUCGGUGAGUUUUUGACAGGAGUUUGGCGUCAGAGCUCCUGCUUUGGGAAGCUGUGUGAAUACAAAUGUUUGCAUUUUCUAAGUGGGGUGAUACACGUUUUUUUUGUUUCAUGAUGAAUCGAACAUUUCUGGCGAAGACGGCUUUGAUAAAGAUGAUGAUGAAGAUUAAUAACAAUGACAAUAUAUAGCACAGAAUUAUUCCAGGCACUUUCACGACUCUUGAGACGACGUCUCUCCUGUUUCUGAUUUAUUUUCUAUUAUGUAUCUGCAAUGUUCAUUAAAAGAGAUACUGUUAUUAUUAAUAAAACCACA